ACAUUUUGCGUUUAGAAAACUAAUGAGGGAUUUCAUGAUAUUGCUGGGAAUUUGACUCUUGAUUUCCUUUAGCUUUCUUUUAAAAUAUAGAUAGAUAAACCAGAGCAAAUCAACCAAAAUUUAAUUUAAGAAGAAUUCCUGGCAAACGUUUUGUCAAUCUAAAGUUUAUGUUUUAAACAUGAAACUACCAUUUUUAAAACAGUGCCUUUCAUUAAGGAUACAGAAAGUAAGACUUAAAUACACCACUUGCUUUUUCAACAAGUGACUAACGUACACAAUCAUUCUUCUGACCCACUCUUUCUGCUUCCUCCCAAGCCCCCUCUUCUGCCAUUUUACCUUCCUUAGUGUUGGUAAAUUCUGAUAUCCCCAUUAGCUGUAGGUUCAUAUUGAUCUUACUGACAAGUUUUACUAUUGUAGGGGUUGCUGACUCAUUUUCCGUCUUAGACAUUAUAUUUCACGUCUGUUGUCAAGCUGUGCUCAUCUGAAAGUAGGGUGAUCAGGUGUCCCAAAUUUAUAGGGACAGUCCCGAUAUUUGGUGCUUUUUCUUAUAUAGGCUCCUAUUACCCACCACCACCACCCUCUGUCCCGAUUUUUCACACUUGCUGUCUGGUCAGCCUAUCUGAAAGGUUCAGGCAACUUUUGACAAACCAACUCUUGUUUAAACCACUUCUGAUAAAUCCAUAAUAUUAGCAGUUUUUUGUGACUAGUAAAAGUAAUGCCAAAUUCUGUACCGCACGAGUGUAUUUUUCCCCACCUUUUACCUAGAACACAAUUAAAUGAAAUUAUAGAUACUCCUUUUGGCUUCCAGCUUUAAAUCAUUAUCUAUAAAAAUACAUUCUGAGAGACUGCUGAAUUGUAUCUUAAUGAACAUGACAGGCAGGCAGAAAAGACAAUGGGAAGAUGCGAAUGCCACAAGCUCAGAUUCCAGGGGCUUGAUUCAACCCUGCAGGCACGGAAGGCUGGAAAUUUCACCCACGGUUUAGCAGCUGCACCUGGGGCAAGGAGGUGAGUGGAUUCACCCUUCUCCCAAGGAAGGGUAGUUUUUCUUGCACCUCUGCCCUUCCUUUGAGGUCUUGUUACAGAGGGCAAUAUAAAGUAUGGUCAGAGCUCUGCCAGGGGAAGGUCCUUGGAAAAUACACUCAGCCAUCCCUUCUACAUCUCUGAUCCCCUGAAGGCAUGCUUCCAGCCAUGAGCAUCCCAGCAGGAAUGAAGCAAUCCCCAGGACUUGAGCUCUCAGGAACUUGGAUAUGUCACAAAGGUUAAGAUCAUUUUUGGGCAGGGGAGACAACCAACUUCCUCAGGCUGCAAUAUUUGAUAGUUUUUGAAAGAGCUUUUGCAGGAAGCUGUUUGCUGUCUGUUGCAAUUGGUCAUAACUGUGGAUGGGUCAUGAUGCAGCUACAGAAGUGCAUAAGAGAAAAUAGCAGCCAGACAUACAAUUUCAAGUACUGGGGUUUUCUUGAAUUUUAGGGAAUUUGAAGUAAGAUCAUUAAUGAAUGACAACUAUGUCAGCGUAUCAGCAUAGAAGCUUUGCCCAUCAUGUCUGCUUGUAGUAUCGAUAACUGAGAAGACCAUUUUACAUCAGCUUAUGCACUUUUCUACCGCUGCAGUAACAAUUCUAAUAACAACAACAACAAAAUAAAUAUUUCUGCAGGCUGAAGGAUCAAUAUCAAUUCAAGGGUUUUUUUAUAAUGACCUUAUGUGAGAGACAAAUGGAAAUGCUCUACACUUCUGGCAUGCCUCUCUCCAAAAUAUUUAGAACAUUAGUGAUGAUAUUGAAAAGUUUGCUGACUGAGCUGAUCAAUGGAAUGUGAAGGCAGUUUACUUUAAGGCUAUUUACUUUCACACAGAAUAUUUAUCUAUUAGUCAGUUUGUAUUCCACUCAACUGCAGAUAAAGGGGGCAACAUGUUUUCUUGUGUGUUUCAAAUCCAUUAUGGAGAAAAUAAACCAUUCCACUAAACUACAUAGGCUAAUCAGCAUCUGGGAAAGCUAUGCCAGCUGCCCAGAAGCUAGGCUCUGUAAAAUAGUACAAGGUCAUUUUACAUGGGUUUGCAUAGUAUAUUGCUAUGCAGUUUUCAAAAGAAAGUAAUGUUGUGUAAAAUUCCAAAUCAUUCCAAUAGUUGUUUUGUAAACUUAAAUAUUUUACAUUCAAAAGCAAACUUUGGAAUCCAUACAGGGUUUCCACUAUCUGAAAAUACAUACAGCUUUAGGUAUAAGCCCAUGUGUUUCUACUGUCUGAAAAUACAUAUAAGCCCGUAUGUUUCCUCUAGUGUACCAUCAGCUAGAGUAUAUUGUAUAAAUUUAAGGAUACAUGUCAUCGUAAAAUGAGGCCACUGAAAUAAACUUCUAAAAUUCUCCUUUCACUUACACCAGUAUGAAAUCGUUAUAACCCCAAUGACUUCAGUGGAGUUUCACCCAGGAGAGAAGUCAACUCCAAAAUGUAUAAGCUGUGUCCGUUGGUUUUUCAUCAUCAGAUCUGCAAGCUAACAUAUAUGCUAUUUACAGCACUAACUCCCUUUCAUCUUGUAUGUGUGUCUAUGUGUAUAUAAUAUUUAUAUGUACAUACACACCAAGUCCAAGUAAUAUUUUUGUCUCUUUGAGAAGUAAAAACUUUCUUUUUGUUUAAUUGCCUGCAGAAUUAUGUGAAGCACAUUCAUAACCAUGGCGCUAUUAGUAUUUCAAAAUUCAAAAAACAAACAAAACAAAAAACCCAGCUGUAUUGGUGACUAACCAAUACAUGAACUGAAGCUCAUACUCUGCAAAGACCUUUGGUUGACAUUCGAUUUUGAACCUGCCAGAUGCAUUUUUGUGAACCAGGGAUACUGCAUCUUUAAUGAACAAGUCUCUACUCUUUCCCCUGUUUUUAAAUACAACACAAGCAGUGUAGCACUAGGCACUGCAAUUGUCAAAGACAAUUAGACUGAAAGCAGGAAAAUUUCACCUCCCUGUCUCAGUGAUAUGUAGAAUGUCGGCAGUGUGGGUCAGCCUUGCCACAGAGUUGUGUGAGAAUAUAUGAAUCAGUCCUAUAGAAUGUUAAAUAUUUAUAAAAUGCUUCUGUACUACACCAAGGUUGGGAGCAAAUUCAUUCCUUCUUGUCUUAUAAUAGAAAAAAAGAAGCAAAAGAUUAUUUCCAAACCUAAACUUCAUGGAGGUUUUUUUUUCUAUUUUCUGUUUUGUUGUUGUUUGUACUUGUGAUUUAUAUACAGUCGCUAGAAACUUUUCAUUUGCUUUUUAAAAAAUAUUUUUUCAUCAGAUGGGUAUUCAGACCUUUGUUCUUUAAAACCAUUGCUACCUCAUUGCUACAUAUUGUACAUGUAGUAUUUAUUUGUUGUCUUUUUUUGAAUGUCAUGCA